AUGAAAACGAAAAUGUUUGUUGUGUUUGUUGUUAUGUGUUUCAUACAUUUUGGCUCAGGUGAUGCUUCUAGAAUACAGAAGCAUUUUAACAAUAAAGAGGACAAUUCAAUGGAUGUGACUGACUUCUCGAUUUAUUAUGACAUAGACUCUAACACAACAAUAAGGAAGAUGAUGCCACGUCCAUGGUACCAGCCUGGCUGGCGACUCCGACUGCCAUUCAAAGGAGGAAAGUGCACUUGUGAGGAGCUGAAGUGCACCUGCUGCUCCGGAAUGCGUAUCCCAGCGUUCAACUUUGACAGACAAACAUGCGCCGAGCUGACGUUUGAUCCUGCUGAAGGAUUUUUGGAUUUGGACGUGAAAAUGGACAAUGAGAGCAUUUUCCACAAAUCUUAUUCAGCAAGCAACCCGCCGCCAUUCUGCAUUCCGAUCCCAAUACCGUACGUGCCCAUCACUAUUCUAGACAUGUGCAUUAGACUGUUCGAAAUCACUAUCGACUUUACAAAGAUGCAUGUCUGCAUGGACUGGGACACCAGAGUAGACAAAGCUCCAGUUUUGAUCCUUCAUUUCGACUGCAUGGACCUCGGCCUUGGUGGCAUCAGUUUAACAAAACCAAACACCAACCAAAUUACUGGUGGAGGCGCACCGAAUGAACCACCCCAGCUCAAUGGAGAUGUCUAUGACGCAGUGUCGGAAACUGCCAGUGUAUCUACACAGCAUCCUGUCUUUAACAAUAGUGUUAAAUAUAUCUAA